UCGGUUAUUGUUGCUGGAUGUAUCUUUGGAUUCCACUCGUCAUUCCGCCAUGAUCAAGUUUAUCCUCGUACAAAAUAGACAAGGCAAGACACGGCUCUCAAAAUGGUAUGCCCCGUACGACGACGACGAAAAGGUCAGGUUACGGGGCGAAGUACACCGACUCAUAGCGCCUAGAGACCAAAAGUACCAAUCCAACUUUGUCGAGUUCCGGGACGACAAGGUCAUCUACCGACGAUACGCCGGUCUCUUCUUCUGUGUCUGCGUGGACUCCAACGACAAUGAGCUCGCGUACCUCGAGGCGAUCCAUCUCUUUGUAGAGGUUCUCGACGCCUUUUUCCAAAACGUCUGUGAACUGGACCUGGUAUUCUCGUUUUACAAGGUGUAUGCGAUCCUGGACGAAGUGUUCUUGGCCGGGGAGAUUGAAGAGACGAGCAAGCAAGUGGUGCUGGACCGGCUGGAUUACCUGGAGAAGCUGGAUUAAUAUGGUAUUUAUAUGUAGUGUAACUGUAGAAUAUGUGAUUGUAUACCCAUCCGGCCGCCAUGCGUGUAUGUAGUGUAGACGGAGAGACAGGCG